GACCAAUCGGAACGAAACCUUUUGCAUCUUGUAGAUUGUAGAGUAUGUCUCUCGAUUGGUCCCGUUAAAAAACAUUUUUCAUUUUUUCAUUGCUAAGGAUUAUUAUUGCAAAACACAGGAAGUGUCUAAUCUCAACAUAGAAUGAUUUCAAUGACCCUUUAAUAUGUUGCCGGGGGCAUGAUUCUGAACAACUUUUUCAUUAUGCAUAAUUAACGGAAAGCUUUAUAGUUUUCGAGAUAUUCGUAAAAAACUAUUGUUACUACUACAUUGAAUUCUACGUAUACCCGCGUACUUACCUCUGGCGGUGUAUGGGUCAGCAUGCACUCGCCGAUUCUCUACUGUUUCUUAUACACAUAUCGCAUCGACCGAAAUUCAGUUUACAUAUUGUAUAAUAACUAUUGUUAUAGCAAAAACCUUAUUUCUUGGCGUUACUUUGAAAGGAAUGUACCGAUCGCGAUAAAAGCUUUCACAUUUAAUAGGAGAUGUUUCCACGAUGAUCCCACUUGCAAAAAUUUAUGGAAUUUGUUAUCGUUAAUAACUAUCGUUAUUGCAAUUAACCAAUAAGAACAAUAAACCACCUUACGGCAUCCUACAAAUACUGUUCGUUCCACUAAAAAGUGUGAAAUAAAAUAAUUUUUAACAAAAAAUAUAACCGACUUCAAGGGGGGUCAGGUGACGAUAGCUAUAGAGGCAGUACGUGUCGGAGAGAAGUGAAACAAAAUCAAUCAAUUCCGAAGGAAAAUCUGAACGGAUAGAGGUGCAAUAAAUACCGCUGGAAAGAGGAAAAACCAAAGAACACAGGUGUAUAAAGGCAUCAAAAAAGUACACAGAAACAAGUUGCUUAAAAGAAAUGAAACUGGCGAAAGAGGUAAGAGGUUAGAUUGACUAAUGAGCUACGUGGAAAAAGUCGAUAUUGUAGAUUAAUAAACGACGUGGAAUAAUACGUCGAUAAAUGUAGAUCGAUUUGAUGAUAAACUGAUAAGAUAAAGAAAAACGAAGGUAGCGACAUCUAGAGGCAGAUCAGAGCGGCAUAGAAGCAAACACAGAGAGAGAAAAACAUAGAUAAGUAAGACAGGAAAGACGGAGAGCCCAAAGGAUUCUGGAAAAAGAGGAAGGCCGACUUUAGCUGAACAGCUUGGGAAGUAUAGGUCGGGCAGCCAAAGAUCACUGCUGGACUCUUUUAAAAGAAAAAGAGAAGAAGAAGAAGCAGAAGAAGAAAGAAGAAGAGUGGAGAAAGAACUGAUAGAAAAUUUCCAAAAAGCAAGAAGAGUAGGAAGAUCACCACCGCAAGAAGCUACGGAAGGGGAAGGAACAGAAGGCGAACUUAAAGAUAUAAAAAUUAGACAGAUUGAAAUUAGAAAGAUUAGACAGAUUGACUGAGCUGGUACUGACAGUGAAGAAGGACACACAAGAUAUUAAGAAAGAAAACGAAUCCAUAAAUAAGGAAAUAAGAGAACUAAAAGAAGAAUGGAAAAGAAAGCAAGAAGCGUGGAAGCGAGAAAAAGAAGAAAUACAGAACAGAAUUAAAAUUCUAGAAACUAAAAGAGAUAAGGCGGACGAAUUAAUUGAAAGAAUAAACCGUAUAGAGCGAAAAGAGGAGGCAAGAGAAAAAAGGGAGAAACGAAACAAUAUCACACUGAAAGGAGAAGAACUACCAAGAGGCGAAACACCGAAAGAUACAGCAGAAAAGGUAAUAUCCUUGCAGGUCCUUGCAGGUGAAGGUGGAAAUAGAGGAUGCUUUCUGGACGAGAAAGGGAGAGAGAGGGAGUAUUUUAAUAUGGAAAGUAGGUAUAAUUAGCCCUAUAUUUAAGAAGGGAGAUAGGGAUGAUGUAAAGAAUUACAGAGAGAUAACGCUACUAAAUACGGCAUACAAGAUAUACGCGAUGAUUCUAGAGAACAGAUUAAGUGCAGAACUAGAGGAAAAGAAAAUCAUACCAGAGACGCAAGCAGGCUUCAGAAAAGGAAGAAGCACAAUGGACAACAUUUUUAUUCUAAACUACGUGGUAAACAGAGAAAUCAAAGAAAAAGGAGGAAAGCUAUAUGCUUUCUUCGCAGAUCUAACAGCGGCUUUCGAUAAAGUAAACAGAGAAUAGGAUAAGAGUUAAUGGGAAAGUAUCUGAAAAGUUUUGGACAACGAAAGGAUUAAGGCAAGGAUGUCCACUAAGCCCUACCUUAUUCUCGUUAUACACGGCGGACCUUGAAGAGAAAUUGAGAGAAGGACAAGCAGGAGGAAUGGUGAUCGGAAAAGAGAAGUUUUGGUCACUGUCGUACGCAGAUGACAUCGUACUAUUAGCAACACAUCCGCAGGACUUAAAGGAAAUGAUAAACAGAAUGAAAAGAUACUUUGAAAGAAGAGAGUUAAUGCUAAACGCUGGAAAGUCGAAGAUAAUAAUUUUCAAGAAAGGAAGAAGUCAGAAGAAAAAGGAGAUAUAAAAAUGGGGAGAAGAAGAAUUAGAAGAAGUAAAAGACUUCAAAUACCUAGGGUAUCACUUCCAGAAAAAUGGAGGAACGGAGAUGCACUGGAGAGAAACAGCGAAAAAGGCGAUGAUAGUGAUGAAGCAAACAUGGGGAAUAGGAGAAAGGAGAUUCAAAAACAACUUUGAAAGAAGGAUGAAGAUCUACAGAAGUUUGGUGAAAAGCGUUAUGAUGUAUGCAGCAGAUAUAUGGGGAUGGAGCGAAUCGGAGAGACUUGAAAAACUACAUACAAAGUACAUAAAAUGGGUAUUAGGAUUGGACUUCAAUACACCAACAUAUAUAGUAAUGGACGAAACAAAGGAGGACAAAAUAAGAAUAGAAGCAGGCAGGAGAGCGGUGAGAUACGAAGAAAAAACAAGGACGAAAGGAAUUAACAAGUUAAUACUAGAAUGCUGGAAAGAGGUAGAUACAAAAUGCGAGAGGAAAAGAUCGAAAUGGGAAGAACAGAGAAGACAAUACUACGAAGAGAAAGGAAUAGAAAUAAAGGAUGUCAAAGGUAAAUGCACGGGAGACCUGACGCUAGCAGAAAAUCUAUCACAAUUAGACAGAGCAGAGCAGUGCCAAACAUUUUAUGACAGAAUAGUAAUAGGAAGGUAUAACGGAAAAUACAGAGGGAUAAGGGAGGAAAACCGAGCUUACUAUCUGAAAGAAGAAUACAAAGGAAGGGACCAGUCAAUGAUUGCAAGGUUCAGAUGUGGGAAUGAAGAAAGAGGCAACAGAUACUGGAAAAAGAAAGAGGACAACGUCUGUAGAAUGUGUGGAUUAGGAGAGGACACAAUAGAACACUUGUUAAAAGAAUGUAGGGAAGUAGAAAGGGAUAAUGAUUUAACAAGGUAGAAUAUUUUGCAGGGUCAAGAGAAGGGGAGAAAAUGGAUGAGGGAAAUAAUUCGAAGAAGGAAGGAGAUAGACCUGGGACGGAAGACCUGAAGAUCACGGACGUUAUUGUAUUAAACUUAAUGUACAUAUCUUAUAAAAUAUUGUAGGCGCACUCACGUGCCAAACCCCCUUUCAAAGCCGAAAGGCAAGAAAUAAAGCUAUCUAUUUAUCUAUAACCGACUUCAAAAUGCGCUAAAAAGUGUAAAAUAACUUAUACUUCAUUUGUACAACAAAAUGCACUAAAAAGUAU